CGUCGCGAUGCCCGCCGUCGCUGCAUCUUCCCGCAGCACCACCAACAAGGAGAACCGCGGCACCGCCUUUGCGCUGCACGCCGAGCGCUCCGACGACUCCGACGCCGACGCCGGCGCGCCCAGCAGCAAGUCGCGCCGCGUCGUGUCGGGCAGCAGCAGCAGCGCCGCACGCCGUGCCGUGUCGGCGAGCAAGGGCAGCAGCAGCAGCAUGCCGGAAGACAAGAUGGCCGCGCUGGAGCGGCGCCUCGAGCAGAUGACCGCCGAGCGCGACGCGGUGCAGGCCGAGUUCGACUCGCUGCGCGAGCUGCGCAAGACGGAGCCCGAGCGUGCGCUGAGCGAGUGGCGUCGGACCGCCGAGUCCAAGUCGCGGCACGCACAGGAGCUGAUCAGCACGCUCAAGGCGCGCCUGGAGUCGAGCGAGCGGCGGGUGCGUGCGCUCGAGGCAGGCGGCGCCACAGCUGCCGCUUCUGGCAGCACACGGACAGCGGAUGAGGACGAGCUGCGCGAGAUGGAGCGACAGCGCGAUGCCGGCCGUGCUCGCGAGCGCGAGCUGCAAGAAGAAGUCGAGCGGCUGCAGCUCGAGCUGCGGACGGAGGUGGCCAGCUCGCGGGCGCUCCUGUCGCGCGCACCGGCUGCCGUGGCACCUGCUGCUGCAGCGGCCGGCAGCAAAAGCGCCUCCGCCGAGGAGCGCGCCGUGCGGCGGCUGUACGAGGACCUUACGGGCCUCAUUGUCAAUGGCGUGGAGCUCUACGACACGAAGCGCGGCCUGCGCCGCUUCAAGUCUGUCUUUGCCUGCUCCGGCUACCAUGACCUGCAGCUCACGCUCGAGGAGUCGCGAUCCAUGCUGCCCGGCUACGCCGACGGCCACGAUGCGGCGCCGGAGAAGGAGCGCGACGACCUCGUGUACAUCCCGCACCUCGACGAGCAGCGCGAUGCCGAGCUCAUGGCGUCGGAGAGCAUGCCUGCGUACCUGCUCGAGACGAUCCGCUUCGACCGGCAAGCGUCGCUCAAGUUCUUGGGCAACGUGCAGCGUGGCCUCGCUCGCCGCUCGGGCCGCAAGUAGCGCUGCUCCUUGACCCCUCUCGUUUCCAUGAUCCAAUGAUUCCCGCGUGGCCCGCAUGCUCUGUAUAUCUGCGCGCACUCGCGCCUGUGCUAUUAUCUGUUUCAUUCGUCAGG